AGUGCUUGCAGUGCGUAGGCGGUUGUCGUAGACUGACGUCGUGGCCAUAGCACGUGCUACGAGUGCGGCGCGUGCAACGGUGCCACCACCAUCACCAACACCAACACCAGCAGCAGCAGUAAUAACAACAACAGCAGCAGAGACAAACGGCCGCUGGAGCAGCAGCUGAAACUUAAGCUAGCAGCAGCACAGCAACAACAACAGCAAUGAAUGAAGCAAAGCGUAAGACACAAAAAUAACGGCACUUUAACCGAGAGAGAAUAACGGAAUAACGGAAUAUUUAAAAAAGCAACAGCACAAAGUUGAUUUUGCAUUUCUUAAGAAUCAAGCCAAAAGACAAUAAUAAGACAUUAGCAGAAAUUGAAGCUUAAACAAAAAGUGAGCGUAUUUAAAUGUGAGUGUGACAAUAAAUUAGUUUUAAGCAUACAAUUUGCACCUGGUUAUUUGCACCUGUCGAAGACUAUCCCAUGAACGUUGACAAUAAGCAACAAUAAAAAAAAACCAAAUUCUAAGAAGGAAAGCAACAUCUGUUGUUAAUUAUCUUAUUGAUAACAAAGAUAGAUGUAAAUCACAUAUAAACAUUUUACACGAAUUGAAUCGAAUCGAAUUGAAUUGAAUUGAAUUGAUGUAAAGCCAACAACGUGUCGAAAAGAGGCGAACGUAAAUGCCAUUUACGCAAAUAAUACUAAACAAAGAAUAAAGCAAAACAGCGCAGCGCCAAAAAGAAGGCAGCAGCCGAAGUCCGCAAAACGCAAACAGGAUACUUAAAAUAUCAAGGCAAAUACAUACAAAACCACACACACGCACACACACACACACACACACACGCACACGCACACUCAGGCAAGCAAAGCGUGUGUGUGCUUUGUGCGUGUGUCUGUCUGCGGCCCGACAACUAAAAAUAUAUUGUGCGCUUCAUAUUUUUGGACUCAACUUCAGUUGAGUUGCCCCUUUACAAGCUUGUUGCUGGGCGCCGCUGCUUGCUUUUUGUAAGCAAGGCACGAAAUAAAUAUAUAUACCAACAACAACAACAACAACAACAAUAACUGAGGUGUAUUUGGCCCCCGGCGCGACAGGCAUAAAGCAAACAGAAACAGCGGCAGCAGCAACAGCAAUAGACUCUGCCCGUGUUAGAUGCCAAAUGCUUCAACUGAACAGAGAUUGAUGCUGCCAGUCAAAGCACAAACAACAACAACAACAGUCAGAACAAACGACAACCGCCGUGCUCCAUUCAAACAGCAAUUGAGAUAUUUCGAUUUCGCUUAAUGACGCUGAUUAAAACAUGAACGCACUAGAUAUGAAUAAACAAUUUCUGAGCGUUACGCAGGAUCCGCACUCGAGCGAUGCCCAAAGGAACCGCACACGCUCGGAACGCGCCUCCAGCCUGGCUCUGCCGCUCAACUCGCUGUUGGACUUUUACGACAAGCAACAGGAGCAAUGCAAAUCGGUCACCCUGCUCCCCCUGCCGAGCAACAGCAACAGCCACAGCAACAGCCACAGCAGCAGCAGCAGCUCCAGCAGCAUUGUACGUCGCCACUCGUCCCACUAUUAUCCCAUGCUCGAGGAUAAGCAGAAGCCAACCCAACUGCCCCAAGCAGCUGCCGACUUUCUGGUAAACAUGGCGGAUCAGAAAUAUUGCAAGUCAGCUCCCAUGGCGAGCGGCAAGCAUCAGCAGUUGGUGCGUGUGGACACGCCCGUGACCCCGCCGCCGCCCAUACCACGUCGUCUGAUGCGCGCCGUCAAAUGCGCUUGGCAGCCCAGCCAGGAUGUGGGCCAGGAUAACGUCGCCGCCGUCGCCGCCGCCGCAGCUGGAAAUGGCAGCGUGUUUGUUUAUCCGCAGCCAACAAACCAGAGCAUGGAGGCGACAGGCGCAACAGUGGGUGUGGGUGUGCCUGUUGGGCAAUCAGCGCUGCUUGUUGAUUUGGCCGCACGUCCGACAUACGCGGAUGCCGAUGGAAUAUCGGAUGACGACCGCAUGAGCUUGGAGAAUUCCGUUUUUGAUGAGUCACUAACCUCGACACCUGUCAAGGUCGCUGGCUAUCAAAGCGGCCGCUAUGCCACGGGUCACAUGGCCAAGCGGGCGCAGCGCUCCUCCAGCAGCACCGUGGACUCGGCAUAUGGCUCGACGACGGGCGCACACAGCGAACGUUUCGCCUCGAGCUCGACGAGCGUCGAUUUUCGCAGUCGCUUCUCAUCGGUGGACACGCAAUCGUCGCUAGACGAAAAGCCGCUAUCCAGCUCGAUAGACUCGCCGCUGGCCAAGGACACGUGCCGCUUGGAGCGUGCCGCGCUCAACGAUGUCAUGCACAAGCUGAACAACAAUCUGUACGCCAACAGCAGCAGCAGCAGCAGCAACAGCAACAGCAACAACAGCACGAACAACAACAACAACAGCAGCAACAAGCUGCCCACGGUGCCGGCACGCAAGUUGCCGCAGCUGCCGGGCAAGCUGCCGCUGCCGCCGCCGCCGGCCAGCCACAAGGGCAGCCACAACUCGUCAAGCGAUUGUGGCAAGGAGAGCAGCAGCAGCGUCUCGGCCUCGGCAUCGACCUCAUCGGCCGGCAGCGGCUCGAGCACCAUAUCCAGCGCGACCAUGUCCUCCACGUCCGUGUCGCUGAGCGGCGGUGAUGCUGCCGCCGCUGGCAGUGCACCGCCGCCCGCCGUUGCCAGCGGUCAACCGAAACGUCCAGGGCCGCCGGAGCCGCCGUUGCGUAAUCUGAAUUCGUUUGAGUGCAUGGAGAAUGUGGCCAAGGUGCAUGCCCCGCCGCCGCUGACCGUGCGCAACAAGCUGAAUCGCAACAAGCCGCCGCCCAUUGUUUAUCCGAAGCUGCAGCAGCGACAGGACUCGACGCUGUCCAGCGAUAGCUACUCCAUUAGCUCCAGUCCCGGCUAUAAUUCCAAGCUCAUGGAGACGCCGUUGCUGGCAUCGGCGCAGAGCGCACGCAAGAGCCAAGCUCCCAGCGUGCUGCAGCGUCAGCCUCUGAUGGACUUGGCACCAAUGCGCUUUGGCAGCGGCAAUCCGGCAGCGCCCCUGCGUGGCAAGAUGAAUUUUCGCCAGGACUCGACCAUAUCCAGCGACAGUUUCAGCCAGACAUCCAGUCCGGGCUACAAUUCCAAGCUAAUGGAGGCGCCGCUGCUGCCCUCGCUGUCCGCCAAGCGGCUGUGCAGCGCCCCGGCGCCCAUUGUCUGUCGCCAGGGCGUGCAGCAUGAGCCCAUCGAGGAGCUGGAGCCGCCGCAGACGCUCUCGCCGCUCAGCAAGUGCCCAAAUGCCACGCCCAGCAGCCUACAAACCAUUGUGCGCUUUCAGAACGGUGCACCCCACACCAUGUCCUUGCAGCAUCAGAUCAUCAAUCGGCGCAAGAGCUCGAAUCCGUACAUCACCAACGGACGAUUGAAGUUCCGCCUGUUCCAGAUCCUGAUCAAUGCGUUCGCAUUGCUGGCCAUUGCCGGCGGCCUGGCUGCCUAUUUUAAUGCCUAUCCCACGAUCAAGUUCGUCAAUAAGACGAUCAUCAAUACCAUCCAUGUGGAGGAUACAUCGAGCUUUGGCAAGAAUCCCGCACCGGGCACCUGUCUGCCCAUCAUUGUCAAGUUCUGCCAGGGACCGCAGAUACCCUACAACUACACCGUCUUUCCCAAUUACAUCGGCCACUUUGGCCAGCUGGAGACGCAAGUGGAUCUCGACUCCUACGAGGCACUCGUCGAUGUGCGUUGCUACGAGCUUGUCUCACUCUUCCUAUGCACGCUCUUUGUGCCCAAGUGUGGACAAACUGGGGCCGCCGUGCCGCCCUGUAAGACGCUCUGCACGGAAACGAUGCGUCGCUGCGGUUUCUUCUUUGAUGUCUUUGGGCUGAGCUUGCCGGAGUAUUUGAACUGUAAGCUCUUCAAGGACUUUUCCAGCGCUGAGGAUUGUGUGGGCUUGGAUGAGGUGCGCGAAGUUAUGAUAUCCUCGGCGAAUCCCAAGUGCGAUGGCUUCCAGUGCGACACGAAUCGCUGCCUGCCCAAGGAGUAUGUGUGCGAUGGCCAUUUGGACUGCAUGGAUCAGGAGGAUGAGGGCAACUGUGCACGCUGCCAGGAGGGCGAGAUCUACUGCGGCGACGAGCGUUGCAUUGGCACCGAGCACAUCUGCGAUGGCGUCAUCGAUUGCCCCUACGCCCAGGACGAGCGCAAUUGUUUGCGUCUGAGCGAACGCAAUGGCGAUGUGGGCUCUGGCGUCUUGGAGGUCUAUCGCAUCAACAAGCGCCAGUGGAUGCCCGCCUGUGUCAAGAAUUGGGAUCGCGCCGUCUCGCCCAGCGCCGUGUGCUCCAUCUUAGGCUAUUCGGCCGUAAAUGCCACCAGCGUGGUCACCCAGCGCACACAUCGUCCGCUCCUGGCCUCGGUUAAUGUGUCCACCGAUAUUUGGAAGCUGUAUGCCAAGCGUCGCUCCACGCUCAUGCAGGAGUUCGCCAAUUGCAGGCAAACGGAAGAUUAUCCCAUAGCUGAGCUAACCUGCUCCAAUUUCGAGUGCGGCAAGGUCAAGCGGGGUCGCCACAAGCCCUCGCGACGCAUUAUAGGUGGCUCCCAGGCGAAUCCCGGCAACUGGCCUUUUCUGGCCGCAAUCCUAGGCGGACCCGAAAAGAUAUUCUACUGCGCCGGCGUUCUCAUCUCCGAUCAGUGGGUGCUCACGGCCUCCCACUGUGUGGGCAAUCAUACGGUUAUUGAUCUGGAGGACUGGACCAUACAGCUGGGCGUCACGCGUCGCAAUUCGUUUACAUAUACGGGUCAAAAGGUCAAGGUCAAGACAGUUAUACCGCAUCCACAGUACAAUAUGGCCAUAGCACAUGACAAUGACAUAGCCCUGUUUCAGCUGGCCACCCGUGUGGCUUUCCAUGAGCAUCUGCUGCCCGUGUGUCUGCCGCCGCCUAACAUCAAGAGUCUGCGUCCCGAGCAGCUUUGCACGGUCAUCGGUUGGGGCAAGCGCGAGGAUAAGGAUCCCAAGUCCACCUACGAGUUUAUAGUCAACGAGGUGCAGGUGCCCAUCAUUACGCGCAAUCAAUGUGACGAAUGGUUGGACAAUCUCACCGUUUCUGAGGGCAUGGUCUGUGCGGGCUACGACGAUGGCGGCAAGGAUGCCUGUCAGGGCGAUUCUGGUGGACCCUUAUUAUGUCCGUAUCCGGGCGAAAAGGAUCGUUGGUUUGUUGGCGGCAUCGUCUCCUGGGGCAUUAUGUGCGCUCAUCCCAAACUGCCCGGUGUCUAUGCGAAUGUUAUCAGAUAUGUGCCCUGGAUAAAUGAGCAGAUACAGAAGCAUUCGCGUCCUGCCAACGAAGAGCCUGUACUCAAAUAUGAUCUGCAUCCCGGUGGGCCGGAUAUACUAUCCAAAAUGUCGUCGGGUCCCGUGAGAAAGCGAAAACCCUUCAAUUAUCACAACGGCAAGCCCAAGGGCAUUGACUUCUACGACAGUGAGGAGCGUAAGUAAGCCCGACCCCCGUAAUUGUAACUCUACAUAUGUAUACCUAGCUUAUAGAACAUGAACAUGAACAUUGACAUGAUAUUUGAAUACAGAAACGUUUGCACAAAGUACAAAGCAAAAGCUGUUGUUGUACGGACACACACACACACACACACACACACACACACACAGUAUAUACCAUAUACUAUAUAUUUUGCUACUGAACUUGAGGUAUUGCUGGAUUUUGAGCCAAAACCAAAACCUAAAGAAAAAUAAAAAUAAAAACGAAAUCAAAAAGAAAUCUGGGCAACAUAAUCGUAUGUCAAUUUGCCGAAUUUAUUUGUCAAUUUUUUUUACAAAGAGUUUUCUAUGAAACAGCAAAGCGAAACCUAAUGUCAAUACACAUUUAGUAAAUGGAACUAAACGAAACUAAAAAUAAUGCAAACAUAAUCCCCUUGUGUAUCAAUGUGUCUAAGAAAAUUACAAAAUAAUCGUGAAUCGUGGACAAUAAAAAGCAUAUAUGAAAGCAAAAAGCGAAAAUUUUACGUAAACCAAAAGUAUAUAAGAGAUACGAACAUCUCGUUAAAACCCUACACAUAUAGCAUAAGAUAAAUGUAAAAAACAAAAAACUCAAAGUAACAACACUAUAUAAUGUCUGUACAUGUGAAAAUAUAUAUACAUAUAUAUAUAUAAUUGUAAAGAAAAUAAUAAACAAAAAUGUAUGAUUGCCGCCAAGAAUAAAAAGUAGAAGAGGAACAUUAAAUACAGCUUUUAGAACGGCAGAAAACUAAGCAUAAACUUUAAGGAACACAAUGGAAAAAACAAGUAAUUAUUUAUAUUUAAUAACUAUUAUGUGUUAAACUGUGUAUGCGCUUAGAAAUUAGAAGGAAAAAAAAAACAAUACGUUAUAGACAAUACCAAAGGAAAACAAAGAAAAACAGCUAAAAUACAAAAACCUAACUGAAAAGUGCAAAGGACAAUAAAUAUGCACAAAACUUUUCCAAAAAAAAAACUAACCUAAAAAAAGCGUAACUAAAAAAAAUCUAAUCUUAAAAUUAAAGUGAAUUUGUUGUAGUAAAAGAAACGUCUAUUUAAGGCCUAAGAACUAGUUUUAGCAAAAGUCAUGAAAAUACUAACUACAAUGCGUGGGUUUCAGCUUUAAAUAAACAAAAUUGAAUGUGGAAAAAAAAAACCGUACAGAAUUAGCAGAAGAUGAAAACAAAUGAGAUACAAAUCGUACUUAUAUAUGUAUUAUACAUGCAUAUAUCGACGGCUUAGUUGAUGUACUAUUUACAAAGAGCAACGUCAACCGAUGAUAAUUAAAUUGUAUACAUGCUUUUUAAAUGUAAUGAUAACUUAUAUUUAUAGCUAUAUACAACUAAAGCUAUGUACUUGUUUAGCAUGCGCAUUAGACUGGACGCCAAGAAAGAACCUUUAAAUAUACCUAUAUACAAAUAAUAAUAGAACUUAACAUAAUAGUCAAAUUUUCAGUUAUGCUUCAAGCCGAAAUCAAUCGAAAAGAAUUUUAACUUCAGUUUAGUUGAGUUCCAUAAUUCAAUUGGGCGCCAGUUCAGUUCGUACCGCAUAAUAUCUAUGCCAUCUAGUACUAUAUAUCUAUAUAUGGCUGUCUCUUGCUGGAGUGCUACAAUAUUUACAACUACUUUGCUAAAUGAAGGAAAUGCGUAACUAAAGACUCAAAAUUGGUUGUUUCAGGCUUAAAAAGAAAUUACAAAAAAAAAAAAAAAAAAAAAACAAUUUGAAUUUUGAGUUUUGUUAACUAUCAUUUCUAGCUAAACUUGUUGAAACGCUUUAGAUGAGUAUUACGAGUAUACUAUAUCCAGUAAAAAUAAUUAUCCUAAAAUGUGUGUAUGUGUAUAAUCCAUUCAAGCGAAAAAGAAAAUAAUAAUAAUAAAUAAAUAAGAAGCGUAUAGCAUUAGCUCGGUACAUAUAUACAAAUUGUAUAUGCAUGUUUUGUACAAUCAGUUUACAAAAAAAAAAACAAACCCCAAAAAUUAAAGAGUAUUCAAGUAUUCUUAGUACUAUAUCAAAUAUAAUUUAUAAGCGGCAAAUGAAGCGCAUAUUACACAAGGCACAGAAAAAUGAAAAAUGAAAAACACUUUUUUAGCGAAAAACCUGAGGGAAACGGAAAUAAUGAAAUAAUAUUAAGUGUAAGUGAAAUAUAUACAAGAAAAUAUACAUAUAUCGAGAAGAAUAUACAUAUACAAUAUAUGGUAUAUAUAUACUAUAUCAAGUAGCUGUAGCUUUAAGCAGUUGUGAUGGUGUCUAAAAAUUUAUACAUGCAUAUUCAAGUGACAAAAACACAAAUGUUUAUACAAGUGCAUAUACACACACAUAUACACACAUAUAUAUAUAUAGGGUAUAUGUAUGUAUGUGUGUAGAACAGUGGGCUGUUGUUAAACGCGCAUCCUUUAUAUAAACUAUAAGUUCACUGAGCAGAUAAUUAUGCAGGAUAACAAGUGGAUAACGCUUAGAUAUUAGACUGGGCAGGACAAUACACAACCACACGCAAAACCAAAUGCUUUACGAAAAUGAGUAUAAUACAACAAGGACAAUUACUAUAUAUACCAUAUAUACAUAUAUAUAUAUAAAGAUUUCUAAACGCAUUAUACUUUGCCAUUUAUGUCUGCAUGUACACGCAGUUUCAAUGUACUUUAUGCCUUUGAAUUUUUCCCUUGAUUUCGUCUUUGUUUAAAUUUUCUUCUUAAGUUUCAGCUUUUUGCAUUUACGAUCAUGUUUAAGGAUGGGCUAUUUUUAUACCUAUGCUCCGGGCUACUAUCAAAGAAACCAACGCUUAGCUUUAUGUAUAUUUUUAGUAUAAAACAAAUACAUAUAUACCUAUAAAUAUAUAUACAUAUAUAUAUAUAUAUAGAUGUAAUAAUGCUUAGCAUUGGCAAGUCAAAUAAGUUAUAUACAUGCAUAUACUAUAUAUAUGUACAGCUCGGCAAGGAGUACACUUACAUUAGCAUACGAGUAUUACGAGAUACACAUACAUACAUACACACAUACAUGCAUACAUAUACAUAUAUACAUGGGCAACUAGCCAGAAGAUCCAAAUGGAAAACAUACAUGCAUAUAUUUGUUAAAAUUGCUAUGCUUAACAAUAAAAAUGGGCCUGUGCGUGUUCUAAUUUGUUUUGAAACAAACACUUUUGUUAAUAAACUAUCAGAUGCGCUCGAACUGUUCAAUUUCAAUGUGCUUGAGAAUGUACACUAAAUAAACAA